GUGGACUAUGCCACCGAAACCCUGUUCAUCGCCCGCCGUGGUCCUCGCAUACUUGGCGGGGCCACGGUGGAGGUGAUUUGCGGGGGCCGGGGUGUUCUUGUGAACCAGCUUGGUUCACUUGACCGCUCCGGCGGUGGCACGGCCCUGGCCGCAGCGGUCCAGUCAUGGGCAGAGGAUCAAGAGGCAUCGUUCCUUGUGACGGUGCCCCUUGACCUCGACGCUGCGACCUUUUGGGCCAGGGCGGGCCUGGCAGCCAUGCCGCCGCUGGGCUGCAGUGAAGGGCAUGACCUAGCCGUGGGACAUCAAG